AUGUCGACCGAAAAGCACACGAUUCGCAUCGUAGACAAGACGCACUACGACCGCCAAUAUUUCGUCACACCCUCCACCGACAACCUGGGUCCUCUGGACGAUUCAAGUGUCAGGAUCCAAUCGACAAUCCUCGGGCUCUCGUCAAACAACCUUGCGUACUGCGCUUCUGGAAAAGUCUUGCAUUGGUGGGACACCUUCCCCGUACCGGAAUUUGUUGAAGCACCCUACAAUGACCGCUCUCAGUACGGUAUCUCACCUGGGUGGGGAUAUGCAACAAUUCUCGAAAGUACAAUCCCAACAUUGAAGAACGGUUCCCUGCUAUGGGGAUUCUUUCCCAUCUCCACGUUUCCUGUCGACCUGUUCCUCCAACAGUCCCCUAAAAUUCAGGGGCAUUUCAUAGAGAUCAGUGAGCACAGAGCGAAGGUAAUGCCACUGUACCAGCGCUACAUAUCCGUGUCGGACACCCUGGAGAGCGUCAAAUCUGAAACAUCGCCUGGCGUGAGGGAGCUGGCGUGGAAAUCGGCGUUGCUACCACCCUGGAAAUCUGCGUACACAUUCAAUCGCUUCGCUUUCGCAUCUUUGCCCGGUGAUCCUGUGCUGCAUCCUGGAAUAGGGCAUCCUUGGAGCCCGGAGGAUGCUGACUUGAAGAGGACAUUAGUUAUUUGUCUUGGUGCUGGCACAAAAACCUGUCGCAGCUUUGUCCACCAGCUUACAACAAAGCGAGCGCCUGGAAGCGGCCCUGUGGCAGUCCUUGAAGUUUCGUCCGCUGCGCCCGAGCUGAGCCCCUUUGCCAGCUUUCAAAGCGAAGUUCAAAUUAAAUCUAUCAAAUAUGCAGACCUUCAUAGCGGAACAUCAUCGGACUGGCUGUUUGCUCAAUCUAUUGACAGGUUUGUGAUUGUUGAUUUCGCCGGCCGAGCUGGAGUCUGUGAACCACUAUCAAACCAGCUCCGUGCAAAUAAAGCAGGGAUUAAAGUGGAGGUCCUGAUUGUGGGGGGAGAAUCAAAAGUGUAUACCCCCGAAGACCUCGCCGAGCGACAAGCAAUCAUAACGAGGCUCGGAGCUGUGCGAUGCAAUGCGUCUGCAAUCCGGGAGGACGCCCAGGCCGCGAUUGGGGAAGCUAGAUUCUUCAGCGAUCAAGAUGCUGCCUUUGACGAGCUCCUACAAGAGCAGCUGGCCAAUGGAAGCGAUGCGGUCCUUGGUGUCAAGCUAGGUAUUCAUAAGGGACUGCGUGGAGCUGAGGGAAUCGAGGGUGGGUGGGACCGAGUCUGCACUGGGAAUCUCAAAGGCGACGAAGGCUUAGCAUUCCUUUUGUGGUGA